CUAUGGUAAAACCCGAAAAAUACCGGUUGUACAACACCAGUGCACGUGGGAAAUGUGUUUCAUAACAGCCAAAUUUUGGAAAUCAUACUGAGCGGUAGGGCAACGUAAGAAGAUAAAUAGCAAAUUGGCGGAACUUUGAAGAUGUCAUCUAAAGUCAAAGUUAUUGUUUGUCUUCUUCGUAAUGACCUGAGGCUGCAUGAUAAUGAGGUGCUGCAAUGGGCAAACAAGACUGCUGAAUUUGUGUUGCCUUUAUACUGUUUUGACCCUCGCCAUUUCCAAGGAACCUAUCAUUUUGGUUUCCCUAAAACUGGUGCUCACCGAGCCAAGUUCCUCCUGGAAAGCGUUGCAGAUCUUCAGAAUACACUUAAGAGUAAAGGAAGCAAGGUCACCAAUGAAGAACUGGAUGUAGAGACAGGUCUGCAGACAAAUUGUAGUGUCAAACUUCAAACAUUUUGGGGUCACACCCUCUAUCAUAGGGAUGACCUUCCAUUUGGUAUUAAACAGUUACCAGACGUUUACACACAGUUUCGGAAGAGGGUCGAAGAUCAGGCCAGAGUAAGGAAGUCUUUUACUAUGCCAGAUACACUUCAGCCCCUCCCACCUGGUAUAGAGGAAGGCCAGGUCCCAUCAUUACAGGAUCUUGGCUUGAAGGCCCCAGCUGAGGACUCGCGUUCGGUGAUGUCAUUUCGCGGAGGAGAAACUGUUGCCCUUGACAGACUUAACCACUACCUCUGGCAGUCAGACAGUGUGUCAACUUAUAAGGAGACAAGAAAUGGUCUAGUUGGCUCGGACUACUCUACUAAGUUCUCUGUGUGGCUUGCCCAUGGAUGUAUUUCCCCUCGUCACAUCUACUGGGAGAUUAAACGAUACGAAAGUGAACGAGUAGCUAAUCAGUCCACAUACUGGGUCAUCUUUGAGUUGCUGUGGAGGGACUACUUUAGAUUUGUGGCCUUGAAGUAUGGCAACAAAUUGUUUUUUCAAGGAGGUAUACAAGGCAAGACUAUUCCCUGGAAACAAGACCAGAUGCUACUGAAGUCCUGGACAGAAGGAAAGACUGGCGUACCAUUUGUAGACGCCAACAUGAGAGAGAUGGCUGCCACUGGCUUCAUGUCAAACAGGGGUCGGCAGAAUGUUGCUAGCUUUCUUACUAAAGAUUUAAAACUGGACUGGAGGAUGGGAGCUGAGUGGUUUGAAUCUCUACUGAUUGACCAUGAUGUGUGCAGUAACUAUGGUAACUGGUUGUACAGUGCUGGUAUUGGAAAUGACCCGAGAGAGGAUCGCAAGUUCAACAUGGUCAAACAGGGACUUGACUAUGAUCCUGAGGGAGAUUACGUUCGCCUGUGGGUCCCAGAGUUAGAGAAAGUGAAGGGUGGGGCAGUCCACACUGUGUGGACACUCAAUCCUGCCACCCUGUCCAGUGCUGAGGUAUCCCUAGGAGAAACCUACCCAAAUCCUAUUGUGGUGGCUCCAGAAUGGAGUAGGCACAUUGGCAAAUCAAAGGGAGGAGGAGCACGAGGAGGAGGAAGUGGUAGACCUUCUACACAGAAACAGAACAGGGGGAUAGACUUCUACUUCAAAGGAUCUCAGUAGAAAUAUAUAUAACAUCUACAGGAUAUAUCUAAGGAUCUCCGUGGUAGUGACAUAAAGAUAACAGUAGCGUGGACAUCUACUUCAAAGGAUCUCAGUAGAAAUAUAUAUAACAUCUACAGGAUAUAUCUAAGGAUCUCCGUGGUAGUGACAUAAAGAUAACAGUAGCGUGGACAUCUACUUCAAAGGAUCUCAGUAGAAAUAUAUAUAACAUCUACAGGAUAUAUCUAAGGAUCUCCGUGGUAGUGACAUAAAGAUAACAGUAGCGUGGACAUCUACUUCAAAGGAUCUCAGUAGAAAUAUAUAUAACAUCUACAGGAUAUAUCUAAGGAUCUCCGUGGUAGUGACAUAAAGAUAACAGUAGCGUGGACAUCUACUUCAAAGGAUCUCAGUAGAAAUAUAUAUAACAUCUACAGGAUAUAUCUAAGGAUCUCCGUGGUAGUGACAUAAAGAUAACAGUAGCGUGGACAUCUACUUCAAAGGAUCUCAGUAGAAAUAUAUAUAACAUCUACAGGAUAUAUCUAAGGAUCUCCGUGGUAGUGACAUAAAGAUAACAGUAGCGUGGACAUCUACUUCAAAGGAUCUCAGUAGAAAUAUAUAUAACAUCUACAGGAUAUAUCUAAGGAUCUCCGUGGUAGUGACAUAAAGAUAACAGUAUUAUUGACAUCUACCUCAAAGGAUCUCAGGGGAAAUAUAAAUAACAUCUACAGGAUAUAUCUAAGGAUCUCCGUGGUAUUGACAUAAAGAUAAUAGUAGCUUGCAAUUGACGUCUACUUGAAAAUAUCUCGGGG